AUGCCGCAGUUAGACUUCAGUCAUGGUGCUGCACCUUUCACAGACAAUGACAUCCAUGCUCAGAUUGCCAUCACCAAGGAGCUCUUCUUGUUGGUGAUCCAAGAUCGCUGUGUACAGCGCUUGAUGGAUGAACUGGAUUUGCCUCCCGACCGGGCCAAUCUCUUUGAGGCCAUUGACGCGGACGGCAGUGGAACUCUACACGUCACAGAGCUCGUGCAGGGUUUGUUGCAGAUCCGCGGGGAAGUGAAGAAGAGCGAUGCCGUGGCAACGCUGCUUUCAACGAAGGCUUUGCAGAACAUGGUGACCGAAAUGCGGGAAGAGCUGAAUGCCAACAUGGAGCAUUUGCAGGACUUCAUUAAGGCGGAGAUCCAAACGUGCCUGGACUUGAGGCAUGGCAUGCAUGGGCCGCCGCCCAAGUCCCUCAUGCGGCAGAGCUUGGCCCAGUUGGUGUCCGAAAGUUCAGCGAGUCCUCACCAGGGCGGUGCCUUGCAGCGCGUCCUCACCAAGCUUUGGUCUCCAUCUCAAGCAGCGUUGCAGGGCGGCCGCUCCGCGCGGUCCUUGGAGGUGAAGGUGAAAUCCAAAUGCUGCGAGCUGCAGUAA